CUAGAACACACACGGCAAUGAUGGCGGCGUUCAGAGUGGCCCGGAGCAGCAGCGGACUGAUAAACGGGUUGAGGACAUCUUUCAGAAGUUUAGCGGUCGUGAAACAUGGCGCAGUCGCUGCCGCAAUGCCGCAGACGAGCCUGCACCGGGACUGCCGGUGGUACUCUGUCAGCCACCUGUCCGUUAAAGAGCGGAUUGACAAGAAACGGAAGGCGGCGCUGGUCGGGGGAGGUCAGAACAGAAUAGAUGCACAACACAAAAGGGGUAAACUGACAGCCAGGGAGAGAGUGGAGCUGCUGCUGGACCCUGAGUCUUUUGUGGAGUCGGACAUGUUUGUGGAGCAUCGCUGCUCUGACUUCGGCAUGGAGCAGGAUAGGAACAAGUUCCCGGGUGACAGCGUUGUGACAGGCCGGGGCAGGAUCAAUGGCAGGCUGGUUUAUGUAUUCAGUCAGGACUUCACGGUGUUUGGUGGCAGUCUGUCUGGAGCUCAUGCACAGAAGAUCUGUAAGAUUAUGGACCAGGCCAUGACAGUUGGAGCCCCAGUCAUCGGGUUGAACGACUCUGGAGGCGCUCGGAUCCAGGAAGGAGUGGAGUCUCUGGCUGGAUAUGCAGAUAUUUUCCUGAGGAACGUGUUGGCUUCAGGAGUCGUCCCCCAGAUCUCCCUCAUCAUGGGUCCUUGUGCAGGAGGAGCUGUUUACUCCCCCGCCCUGACAGAUUUCACCUUCAUGGUUAAGGACACAUCAUACCUGUUCAUCACAGGACCUGAUGUAGUGAAGUCUGUCACCAAUGAGGAUGUGACUCAAGAGGAGCUCGGCGGAGCCAAAACGCACACCUCUGUGUCUGGAGUGGCUCACCAUGCUUUUGAUAAUGACAUCGAAGCCUUGCUCAAUUUGCGAGAGUUCUUCAACUUCCUGCCGCUAAGCAAUCAGGACCCCGCCCCCAUCAGGGAGUGCCAUGACAGCAGCGACCGUCUGAUACCUUCAUUGGACACCAUUGUCCCGUUUGAGACAACUAAAGCCUAUGACAUGCUGGACAUCAUUCAGGCAAUAGUGGAUGAAAGCGACUUCUUUGAGAUCAUGCCCAACUACGCCAAAAACAUAGUGGUGGGAUUUGCCCGCAUGAAUGGACGAACUGUAGGCAUCGUGGGUAACCAGCCCAAAGUUGCUUCUGGUUGUCUGGACAUCAACUCCUCAGUAAAGGGAGCCCGCUUUGUACGCUUCUGUGAUGCUUUCAAUAUUCCCAUCAUCACCUUUGUGGAUGUGCCGGGCUUCCUGCCAGGUACCGCUCAGGAGUAUGGAGGCAUCAUCAGACACGGAGCCAAACUGCUCUUUGCCUUCGCAGAGGCCACUGUCCCGAAAAUAACCAUCAUCACCAGAAAGGCUUAUGGAGGAGCCUAUGAUGUGAUGAGCUCCAAACACUUGAGAGGAGAUGUGAACUACGCCUGGCCUACAGCUGAGGUUGCUGUCAUGGGCGCCAAGGGGGCUGUUCAGAUUAUCUUCAGAGGAAAGGAGAACCAGGCAGAGGCAGAGGCUGAAUAUGUAGAGAAGUUCGCCAACCCUUUCCCAGCUGCUGUCAGAGGUUUUGUGGAUGACAUAAUCGAGCCGUCGACCACUCGGAAGAAGAUCUGCAGAGAUCUGGAGGUGCUGGCCAGCAAGAAGCAGAUCAACCCCUGGAAGAAACACGCCAACAUUCCCCUGUGAAACACACCCAAACUGUUUCCACAUUAACACUAUCUAAAGGCACUCGCUGUGCGAUUUUCCUGAUAUGGACUUAUCAUUAAAAAGAACUGCAGUGGGAAGUCGUUUUGAAACACUGGGGAGCCUGCAAAGCAGAUUUUUGUCAUUUACCACGCCACUGAACGCAGCACAUAAAGAUAAACCUCCUGAUUUUGUUAGUGCCUAAUAACAGCCCCAAGUGUCUGUUCCAGCUCAUCAAUUGUGUUUUGAACUAUAGACUGUGUUGAAACCUCAACUUAAAAUUUUGGGGAAUUUGGAGGAAAUAUUGGUGCUCUAAAUAAAAUCAGCAGGUGUAUCUUAACAACUUUACCACUGAUAUGCAAGAUGUUCAUGGGAAAAUCUUUACACAUUUUACAGUACCUGAAAAGGAUGAUAUGGUUGUUCACACUCAUUUACAGUAAUUAUCAUGCCAGUAACGGCCAUAUUGGUCACUGUUGUUGAUAUGAUUUGACAUUUUGAACAAGUUGAUAUCUAAAAGGGCAGAUUACUUAUCACUUAUAAAAUGAGACUGAAAAAUCACAGGCAACUAACUUCAACAUUGGUAGAAAUGCAAACAUGCUCUGGUCUGUUUUAGUGUACAUUGUUUCCAAAGUUGUUCAUGUACUGUAUUUAGUUUUAGUGGUUUCUGGUGUGUACAAUAGUUUGUGCUUUCAAACGCACUCCCUGUGUUUGAUGUCUUCCAUUUAGGUCAAGAAGAAAUCAUCCUUACAACCUGGAACUGUGCCUUUCCUGUGGCAGGCUCUGCUCUGCCAUUUGUAAAAUAAAUCAUGGACUUAG